AUGGGUGACGACUUCCUACGUGCCCUGGCCGCCGAGUUGGCGCAGACACAGCGCGCGCUUGUUCCAAACUGUUUGUUCUGCGUGCCUCAGCCCCGUUCACUUCUCACAGACGAGGCGCUCAGUCAAGACGUGUUGUACUCACAUCUUCUCACGCCCAACGGUGUUACCGAUGACGAGCCACACCGACGUCUCGGCGCAUAUUCUACACUGAACGGGAAACGUGUCACGAUCGUCGGGUCGCAUAUCCGCACUGGAGAAGGGUUUUCGGACUCUCGACAGGUGCGGAUCUUGCUGUCAGAAAGGCGCGACGUGCAACAUCAACACGUGACAGUGCUACACAUCAGUCGGCCUCUUGAAGGCGGUAUACAGGUGCCAGAUGAUCUCAAUGAAAUGGACAUGGCUACAUUUCGAAAAUAUACCGCCAUGUUGCGGUCGUUUCCCGAGAACGAACUCGUGUUUUACCACUUAAAUGAGACCAUCAAUCAAGUACACAAGAUCUGUGCCCGCGAGCACGUUUACAUCGAGCGGUACCAAGAGACACUGCCGGACAAUUUGCGCGAAGAAUGGGACGCGGCCGUGGACGAGUUGAUCCGUGCUGGCAGCUUUGAUGAGGAUCAAGACGAAGAUACUCAUCGACAGCCGUCGCGGUUCCAGGGUCGAGCGAGUCACUUGCUGCAACUUCAACAAGUCGUCGAGUGUUACCUAAUGGAGCGACUGCACGACUUGAUCUUUCCUCGGGUCAUAACGAGUUGCCGGGAGCUGGACGCAAAGUUGCACUUUGUCAUGUCGCGUAUGCGACAUUACACGCCCCAAGAUUUUGGAAUCCGCAACGAGUUUCAAUGUUUUGUGGCUGAAGCGCGGGAUACGCUGCUUACUGUUGUUGAAAAGAAGACGCCGCUGGAUAUGCUGCUCGUUCUCAAAACGUGCAUGGAUCAAAUUAGUGAUGCCAUUACUCGAAACGUCAAGCUGCGUCGACUCGAUUUUGAGACGUGUCAAAUAACGACCGACGAUAUCCUGGAUCAGCUACUUGUUGUGCUACUUCAGGCAUGUACCCAUAUUUCUCGCACAUCUACAAAAUGCAAGGCCGACCCAGUCUCACGAUUCCCAAUGGUAGCAGUCAUGCGGUACAUGUCGGACUACCACUUUAUCAAUUCCAACACCACAGCACUGGGGUUUACAAUGGCCAACUUCCAAGUGGCUGUGGAAUAUUUUCUUAUGCGUGGAGAGCACCAAAACGACGACUGUCCAGAUUCUACUUUACAAGACGCAGGUACUGAAGUUUGCUGCUCACAAGUAAUCACCGAGUCCAAUUGUAUCCAAGCAGCUCGCAAAAUUCAUCAAGAUCUGAGAAAAUCGGAGGAACGUGUCGCACGUGCACGACGAGAGACUGGAGCGGAGACAAGACAAGAUGGCCAUGAUAUUUCUGGUAGUGCUACUACGACUACUUCACGUGACGUGGUAGCACCCAUUUCCAUGAAGUGUCUAUCAAUUAUCGGUGAGUGGUCUUCGUCUACCAGUGAUCAACCAGGAGACAAGGACGAGACUUCGUCCAGCGGUCCGCUUGCUGUUCAUCCUGUUCACUUUGGAUGCAGUCGAAGUCAAGACCCGACGGCAAGUGAUACAAAUGUACUUCACGUGAGUGGUGGGCAACGAUUCUUUGCCACGGUAUUGGAAGACGGCAAAUUGUGGACGUGGGGAGACAGUAGUGGUGGUCGUUUGGGCUACGCUCUUGCACAUGGAACUUCGAGACGAGUUUGCCGUCCGCAGCUUGUACUCGCGUUAAAGCAGCAGACAAUCAUGCAAGUUGCUUGCGGAGCUUUUCAUGCACUGGCCACGGACUUAAAUGGACAUGUGUUUGCAUGGGGAAGCAACUCAAGAGGUCAAUUGGGUUUUUUAUCAUCAACUACGUUGUCAACAGUGGUGGAGACACCGUCUAUUGUGGAGGAACUGCGAGGAACGUAUAUGAGCUCCGUUGCUUGCGGUGAAUACCACUCGUUGGCUCUUUCGUCCGACGGCUGUGUAUUCUCGUGGGGUUGCAACAAGUAUGGAAAGCUUGGUCGUACUGCAGAGGGGUUGCUGGGUAUGGUGCAACCUGGACUACUUGAAACAGACUGGACAGGAUGGUCCUUGGAUACGAAAUCCAGGAUCGGGAGGAAGGAGAGAAGCGUCGUCAUCCACAUUGCAGCUGGUAAAGACCAUUCACUUGCCAUCACCAGUGACGGAGUGGGUUUCACAUGGGGACGUGGCGACGCUGGCCAACUUGGACAUGGCUGCUAUAUGGAUGUCAGCCGUCCAAUGCAAGUCAUGGCAAUCUCAGUGGCUAUCACCGACACGUCUGGUCUAGUUGAUGUCGCAGGAGGGAACGACUUUUCACUCUUUUUGCUGCGCAAUGGAACCGUGUACAUCUCUGGACGCGAUCCUUCGCUGGAUGCCGACGAGCCGCUUCUCUCACCAACGCUGCUGUCGCUUCCAUCACAUCUCGAGCGUGAUUUCUUUGGCCGAGUUGUCCAAGUCUCGUGUGGUGGAACGCACUACGCGCUUUUGACAACAGGUGGAGCGCUUCUGCUGUCACACACAAAUUCAUCGCAGCCGUCACCCAAUGCAGGAUCGACGACAGCAGAAGUGCAUGAAAGACGUGUAACGUGGGUGAAAGAUGCUGGUAUUGUGGGUCAGAUGGAUUGCGGUGCGUCACACACAUUAGUCGUGGGUUAA